UGAGUCUCUAUUCUAUAUAGUAACGAAUUCUCUUGAAUAUUCGACUUAAUACCUAUUAUAGAGAUGGAACUCUUCAAAAUUGAUUGGGCUCCUUUACAACUUCCUUUGAAGAGGAGAUUGCAAACAUUGGCUAUUGCUGUUGACGUAUGUGUAUCUUUGUCCUUUAUAUUUUUAGGAUAUGGUGUAUCGUACUACCUGAUGUUUCAUACGAAACUAUGGUGGGUCUUCAUAAUUUAUGUAUUUUGGAGUAUUUUCAUCGAUACCGACAGAAGUUCAGACAGAACUUCUGAAUGGUACAGAAACUGCAGUUGGUUCAAAUACUCAAGAGAUUAUUUCCCUGUGAAAUUGAACAGAAUUUCUGAGAAGGAACUCGAAUCGAAUCGUAAUUAUCUCUUUUGCUGUUUUCCUCAUGGACUAUUAAGCUUUGGUGUAAAAUUGGGUUUUACAACUAAUAGCGAAGAAUCCCGUAAAUAUUUUCCAUUUCAUUCUAUUUAUACUCAUACUUUACCACUGAACUUUUACAUCCCUAUAACCAGAGAAUUAACAAAGUCACUAAGUUUUGUUCCUACCUCCAAAGAGUGCUUAGAUCGAAAAAUGGGAAAACCUGGCGGAGGAAACAUUUCUGUUUUGGUCGUUGGGGGAGCAGAAGAAGUUUUCCAUUCCAAUCCUGGAGUACACAGUAUUUUCUUGAAGAAUAGGAAAGGGUUCAUUAAAGUAGCUCUGAGGAAUGGGUGUCCUCUGGUUCCUGUAUAUAGUUUUGGUGAAAACGAGGUAUAUGGGCAAUAUGAAUUCGGAGAAGGCUCAAUCAUGAGGAAACUACAGCGAAUGUUGAAAAAAUUGACAGGUAUUGCAUUGCCCAUUCCCAAAGGAAGAGGCUUAUUUCAAUACUCAUUUGGAGUUUUACCUUAUAGACGUCCGAUCAAUGUUGUUGUGGGUGAUCCUAUAGAUGUACAGAAAACCGAAAAUCCAAGUCAAGAACAGAUCGACAAUUUGCAUCAACUCUUCGAGCAGAAAAUGGUUGAGUUAUUCGAGAGUCAGAAGAAAUAUUAUUUAGAAGAUCAUGAAACUGCCCAUUUAGAGAUAUAUUAACAUUAUGAUCAUUCAAGUUUUUCUCAUAUAGCGUUAAUUUUAUAUUUUAUUGUAUUAUGGGAAAUUUCUCAAAUAUAUCUAUUUUAUUAGUAAAUAAUUUAUAGCUAUUAAUUAAUUCUUAGCAAAUAUAGGAAUGAUAAUUUCAAUUGUUGAGAUUAUGAAUUUAAUAUACUGCGUGUUCCUAAAUUAGAGGUUCAAUCGAAAAUUAUAUUCCUUGGAUAACUGAAAGAAAGUUUUAAAAACAGGGGCCUGCAAACCUUUUUUUAGGAA